CUCAGGUGUGGCUUUAUGACUAGAGGAAGUGGAGCUCUGCUGGCCCGGCGUUCUUUCCACACGCUUACAGCCUGAGCAGGAGUGACUCCUGCUGCAGAUAAAGGAGACGCAGAAAUUUCCCACAUGGAACCCAACAACGCUGGCAGUGUGCAGUAUGACCGCUGGAACAAUGACAACAUCAACAUGAACGUAGAGGCCUCACAGUCACCCAUCAGGAGGAUCCACAACAGACUUUGUGUUGGCAGGACUGGGAGUAUGAUGAAAGUUGCAGGAGCUGUGGCUGCUCUGGUGUCCAUUUUCAUCAUAGGGUAUGUGACAGGAUACUACGUCCAUCGGUGCUGAAUGAGGACACAAAAGAGCUGGGACAUUCUGGAAAAAGUACCU